CAAAAGCAGGAAGGGAAAAGCUAGCGAGGGAGAUGGGAAACAGCAUUGGAGGAAGAAGGAAGGCAAAGGUUAUGAAGAUUGACGGCCAAACCUUCAAGUUAAGGACUCCCGCCCGAGCCCAGGACGUGGUCAAGGACUAUCCAGGACAUGUGUUGUUAGACUCAGCUGCAGUUAAGCAGGUCGGCCUCCGGGCUAGGCCACUGGAGCCACAAGAAGAGCUCAAGCCCAAGAAAAUUUAUUUCCUAGUAGAAUUGCCCGAGUUUCCUCGCGAAAAGGCACCACGUCGGGUGCGGUCCGGCGUGCAAAUGAGCGCGAAGGACCGCCUCGAGUGCCUAAUGUUGUCGAGGAGAUCGGUCUCUGACCUUUCCCUCAUCGGCCGGGUCAGUGCCAGUGUCGCGCCUGAUGGGACUGACACCGGAACGAUGAGAGUGAAAUUGAGGCUGCCUAAGGCCCAAGUGGAUAAGUUGGUGGCCGAGAGCAAGGAUGAGGCGGAAGUGGCGGAAAAGAUUGUCGAUCUUUAUGCAGGCGGAGUCGAGGACUUUGCGGCCGAGGGAAGCGAAGGGUCAUCGCUGCAGGGGGAAGGGGAGUGGAAGCCUGGGCUAGACAGCAUUAGAGAGAGGUCUCAGAGGCCAGAGGUACGUUUUGGCUGAAGAUCAUGUCGUAUUAUCUCCAAUUCUUUUGGCAGAAUUAGUUGAUGUCAAGAGCAUAGGUAGAAGGUCCUUUUAGGAUUAGAGAUCAAAGAUUUUUAUUUGUGGUACUGAAGAGGGUGCCUUGUAAUAUUGUAAUGCUCAGAUGAAAUUGUAAAUACAUCUUUACUGGGUAGGAGCGUAGGAGGCUUCUUUCCUUCCCAUGUCAAAUUAUGAGGAUUACUGUUUAAUUGUUUAGUGAUUGUUGUGAAAUCAGGAGGUGUUGGAGAUGCAACUUGCUUUAUAUACAUAUAUAUUUAUUUCCACUUCAUGAUGAAAUAGAUUGUAAUGUUAAGAUGAUGUAUUUUUCCAGAA